CUAUCAAAUCCAUCCCCAAAUUUGUCAGAUAUUUUUCCUAUAUAUACGAAUGUUUAUAACAUUAAACAGUUUCAAAUUGUCUAUCACAUAUACAUUGUAAGAAACGAGAUGUCGCUGCAAAAUGAUGAACAAUCUACAAACUUGCUUCAUUCUCAAGCGCACAUCUGGAACCACAUCUUCAGCUUUAUAAACUCCAUGUCUCUCAAAUGUGCUAUUCAGCUACAAAUACCUGAUAUCAUCAAUCGCCAUGGUGCACCAAUGUUGCUCUCCGAGUUAGUUGAAGCCCUCUCCAUCAACAAGGAGAGAGCUCAUUUUGUCUAUAGACUUAUGCGCAUCCUUGUUCACUCUGGUUUCUUUAUCAAACAAAGUAUAUGCACAACAGGAGACCAUAAGGAGGAGGAAAGAGAAGGCUAUUUGCUAGCUCCUGCUUCUCGCUUCCUUCUAAAGGAAGAGCCAUUAAGCAUUAGACCCUUUUUGCUAGCCAUGUUGGAUCCAAUACUGAUGGAUCCAUGGCAACAUAUGAGCAAAUGGUUCCAGAACGAUGACAUCAACCCUUUUCACACAGCCCACGGAAGGAAUCUUUGGGAUUUUGCAGGCCAAGAUCCGAAUCUUAACCAGUUCUUCAAUGAAGCAAUGGGCAGUGAUGCAAGGCUUGUGACAAGUCUGGUUCUAAAAUACUCUAGAGAUGUUUUUGAAAGGUUGAAUUCAGUUGUUGAUGUUGGGGGUGGUACUGGAACCGUUGCCAAAGCUAUUGCAGAAGCUUUUCCUGAUAUAAGUUUCAGCUGUUUUGAUCUUCCUCAUGUUGUUGAUGGUUUGGUAGGAAGUAAGAAUUUGAGUUUUCUUGGUGGAGACAUGUUUGAAUCCAUUCCAAAAGCUGAUGCAGUUUUGGUCAAGUGGAUAUUACAUGAUUGGAGUGAUGAAGAAUGCAUAAAGAUAUUGAUGCAAUGCAAAGAGGCAAUCCCCAGCAAAGAAAAUGGAGGAAAAGUAAUCAUCAUAGACAUGGUUUUGAAGAACGGUGAAGGGGACAAGGAAUUACUCGAGACUCAGCUUUUCUUUGAUAUGCUUAUGAUGACCUUGGUGACAGGAAGAGAGAGGAGUGAGAAAGAAUGGGCAAAGCUUUUCGUGAACGCUGGCUUUAGCGAUUACAAGAUAACUCCAAUUUUGGGGUUAAGAUCUCUCAUUGAAGUUUAUCCCUAGGACCCUAGCUAGUUAAGUUGCAUUGCUUUUAAUACAUCGUAAGUAUUGAUGAAGCAAGUAAAAUAUGAAACUUAUUUGUACGUUCUUGUUCUGUUGUUUCUUUUUGUGAGUG